AUGGAUCUGCAUAUAUCUCUCGCCUUUCAGCUCGCGUCUAGCACUCGUGAACCCACUUCACUCCCUCAUCACCCCAUCUCUCUCACUUAUCACCCCAUUUCCGUCACUCAUCACCCCAUCUCCCCCACUCAUCACCCCAUCUCACUCACUCAUCAUCCCAUACACUUCACUCAUCAACUCAUCUCCCUCACUCAUCACCCCAUCUCCCUCGCUCAUCAUCUCAUUUCCGUCGCUCAUCACAUCAUCUCCCUCAUUCAUCACCCCAUCUCCCUCGCUCAUCAUCUCAUUUCCGUCACUCAUCACCUCAUCUCCGUCACUCAUCACCCCAUCUCCCUCGCUCAUCAUCUCAUUUCCGUCAAUCAUCACCUCAUCUCCCUCACUCAUCAUCCCAUCUACUUCUCUCAUCAACUCAUCUCCCUCACUCAUCACCCCAUCUCCCUCGCUCAUCAUCUCAUUUCCGUCACUCAUCACCUCAUCUCCCUCACUCAUCACCCCAUCUCCCUCGCUCAUCAUCUCAUUUCCGUCUCUCAUCAACUCAUCUCCCUCAUUCAUCACCCCAUCUCCCUCGCUCAUCAUCUCAUUUCCGUCACUCAUCACCUCAUCUCCGUCACUCAUCACCCCAUCUCCCUCGCUCAUCAUCUCAUUUCCGUCAAUCAUCACCUCAUCUCCCUCACUCAUCAUCCCAUCUACUUCUCUCAUCAACUCAUCUCCCUCACUCAUCACCCCAUCUCACUCGCUCAUCAUCUCGUUUCCGUCACUCAUCACCUCAUCUCCCUCACUCAUCACCCCAUCUCCCUCGCUCAUCAUCUCAUUUCCGUCACUCAUCACCUCAUCUCCCUCACUCAUCACCCCAUCUCCCUCGCUCAUCAUCUCAUUUCCGUCUCUCAUCAACUCAUCUCCCUCAUUCAUCACCCCAUCUCCCUCGCUCAUCAUCUCAUUUCCGUCACUCAUCACCUCAUCUCCGUCACUCAUCACCCCAUCUCCCUCGCUCAUCAUCUCAUUUCCGUCAAUCAUCACCUCAUCUCCCUCACUCAUCAUCCCAUCUACUUCUCUCAUCAACUCAUCUCCCUCACUCAUCACCCCAUCUCACUCGCUCAUCAUCUCAUUUCCGUCACUCAUCACCUCAUCUCCCUCACUCAUCACCCCAUCUCCCUCGCUCAUCAUCUCAUUUCCGUCUCUCAUCAACUCAUCUCCCUCACUCAUCACCCCAUCUCCCUCGCUCAUCAUCUCAUUUCCGUCACUCAUCACCUCAUCUCCGUCACUCAUCACCCCAUCUCCCUCGCUCAUCAUCUCAUUUCCGUCAAUCAUCACCUCAUCUCCCUCACUCAUCAUCCCAUCUACUUCUCUCAUCAACUCAUCUCCCUCACUCAUCUCCCCAUCUCUCUCGCUCAUCAUCUCAUUUCCGUCACUCAUCACCUCAUCUCCCUCACUCAUCACCCCAUCUCCUUCAAUCCUCACCCCAUCUCCCUCACUCAUAAGCCCAUCAUUCCCGGUAUUAUGGGUGCUGCCCCUAUUUCACAACAGGGGGAUGAUUGUAAAGGACCCAUACGUGUUUUCAUGCGCUCGCCAACCAUUCUCUCGCACUCAUCCAACCCAUCUCCAUCACCCGCACUUCCAUCUCUUACGCUCAACAGUCCAUCCUCCUCACUCCCCACCCCAUCCUUCUCGCCCAUCAGCUCCAUACUCCUCCCUUUCCAUCCCAUCUCUCUCACUCAUCGGUCCAUCCUCCUCCCUUCCCAUCCCAUCUCUCUCACUUAUCAGUCCAUCCUCCUCCCUUCCCAUCCCAUCUCUCUCACUCAUCAGUCCAUCCUCCUCCCUUCCCAUCCCAUCUCUCUCACUCAUCAGUCCAUCCUCCUACCUUCCCAUCCCAUCUCUCUCACUCAUCAGUCCAUCCUCCUCCCUUCCCAUCCCAUCUCUCUCACUCAUCAGUCCAUCCUCCUCCCUUCCCAUCCCAUCUCUCUCACUCAUCAGUCCAUCCUCCUCCCUUCCCAUCCCAUCUCUCUCACUCAUCAGUCCAUCCUCCUCCCUUCCCAUCCCAUCUCUCUCACUCAUCAGUCCAUCCUCCUCCCUUCCCAUCCCAUCUCUCUCACUCAUCAGUCCAUCCUCCUCCCUUCCCAUCCCAUCUCUCUCACUCAUCAGUCCAUCCUCCUCCCUUCCCAUCCCAUCUCUCUCACUCAUCAGUCCAUCUCCAUCACUCUUCAAGCCAUAAUAUUCGGAAAUCCCUACCGUGCACUGCUUGUGGAAGUCAUGCACGCGCUAGACCUCGGCAUCUUCAUGCACAUCGUGUCAUGCAUUCGAGUCAUGUACAAGGAUGACACGAAAGUGUUGAAGGCUCUUGACAAGGCCCUGCAGGAUCUGGGUGAUGCAACCCGCAUCUCGGGAUUCCGUAUUCCAAAAAAGGAUAAAGGCGGCUAUUUUUCUGGUGCUGCGAAGUUCCAGGCAUUCGAGCACCGCGCCGUGAUGCAGGUCGUAACCAUCGUGCUUGCUGGCAUAGUGGAUCAGAAGAUUGUCGAUGCAGUCGCGGCGUUUGUGGACUGCUACAUGCUGACAUGCAGAAGAUGGUAUCACACCGACGGCACGUUGUCCGAACUCGACAGUGCCAUCAAAAAGUAUGGACGCAUCUUCAAGCCUCGCUUUCUUUUCCUGCCCCUAUUUGUCCAUCCUUGA